AUGAGAUGCGACACGAGCCGCCCACCCACCGGCGCGAUCGCAGAUAGUGCACAGGCGGGCGGGGAAAUGGAGGGGGCGGAAGGGCGAGGAUGGUGCGAGGUGUAUGGCGGGAUCGUGGAUAAUGAUAAGAUGUGGUAUCGGGGUUAUUUUUGGAUCGCACUUGCUCUCGGUGUUAGGGAUUGGUUUGAUGGGAUAUCCGGCUCGGUGUUGUGUCUCGAUUGGGAUGUCGUGGCAAGAGGGUCUGGUUGGGUUGAUGCAUCGUCUUACUAUGGUACUCUCACAGCCCAUGCCGAAUCCCCUUUCUCCUCCAUCGACUAUCGAACACUCCCUUGA